CUGAAGGAGCGUUUUUCGCUACGGGCUUUUGCCUAUCCAUGGCGAUGCGAACAUCAUCCACUGCGAUGGCUGGGUCCAGCGAUGGGCCGCGGCUAGCGGCUGGUCUUCUGACGUAUUCCUUCCCUUCUUCCCGAACUCUGUCUCGUUCUUAUAUAGCUGCUGCUGCUCUCCUAUCGAGCUUUCUAACUUUCUGAAUGAAUUGAUCGUAUUUUUUUCAUCUUUAUGAACCAUUGAUAUCUCUUUCCCCUUCACUGCCCUUUGAUACCCAAUAAAAGUAGUCAAUCACCCUUCAUAUCAAAAUGAGUCAAGUCGACGUCCAGCUCAAGGAUGUCGCCAUCCUGGGCUCCUUGAACAACGAAACCCGCAAGAUCCUCACCAAAGACGCCUGUGCUUUCCUCGCCAUCCUCCACCGCACCUUCAACCCUACCCGCAAGGCCCUGCUGCAGCGUCGCAUCGAUCGCCAGGCUGAGAUUGACAAGGGUCAUCUCCUUGACUUUUUGCCCGAGACUAAGCACAUCCGUGAGAAUGACGCCUGGAAGGGAGCCCCCCCAGCUCCGGGAUUGGUGGAUCGUCGUGUUGAAAUUACCGGUCCUACUGAUCGGAAGAUGGUUGUGAACGCGCUGAACUCGGAUGUGUGGACUUACAUGGCUGAUUUUGAGGACUCGAGUGCUCCCACUUGGGACAACAUGGUCAACGGCCAGGUUAACUUGUACGAUGCUAUCCGUCGCCAGGUCGACUUCAAGCAGGGCAGCAAGGAGUACAAGCUGCGAACUGACCGUACCCUUCCCACUCUGAUUGCUCGUGCUCGAGGCUGGCACCUCGACGAGAAGCACUUCACCGUCGAUGGCGAGCCCAUCUCCGGUAGUUUGUUCGACUUUGGUCUCUACUUUUACCACAACGCCAAGGAGUUGGUGGCUCGCGGGUUCGGCCCUUACUUCUACCUGCCCAAGAUGGAGUCGCAUCUGGAGGCUAGACUCUGGAACGACGUUUUCAACCUCGGUCAGGACUACAUUGGCAUGCCCCGUGGAACCAUCCGUGGUACCGUCUUGAUUGAGACUAUCACUGCUGCUUUUGAGAUGGAUGAGAUUAUCUACGAACUGCGCGACCACAGCUCCGGUCUCAACUGUGGCCGAUGGGAUUACAUCUUUUCCUUCAUCAAGAAGUUCCGCAAGCACCCUAACUUUGUCCUUCCCGACCGUUCUGAUGUGACCAUGACCGUUCCUUUCAUGGAUGCCUAUGUCAAGUUGCUGAUCAAGACUUGCCACCGACGUGGUGUUCAUGCUAUGGGUGGUAUGGCCGCUCAAAUCCCUAUCAAGGACAACGCUGCCGCCAACGACAAGGCCAUGGAGGGCGUGCGUGCCGACAAGCUGCGUGAGGUUCGUGCUGGCCACGACGGUACCUGGGUGGCUCACCCCGCCCUCGCGGCCAUUGCCUCGGAAAUCUUCAACAAGCACAUGCCCACUCCUAACCAGCUGUUUGUCCGUCGUGAGGACGUCAACAUCACCGCCAACGACCUGCUGAACACCAAUGUGCCGGGAUCUAUCACUGAGGAUGGUAUCCGAAAGAACCUGAACAUUGGACUGUCGUACAUGGAGGGAUGGCUCCGUGGAGUUGGCUGUAUCCCUAUCAACUACUUGAUGGAGGAUGCUGCCACCGCUGAAGUGUCCCGUAGCCAGCUGUGGCAAUGGGUUCACCACGGCAUCACCUCUUCGGAGGGCAAGAAGGUUGACAAGUCUUAUGCUCUGAAGCUGCUGCAGGAGCAGGCCGACACUCUGUCCACCAAGGGACCCAAGGGCAACAAGUUCCAAUUGGCUGCCCGGUACUUUGCCGGCCAGGUGACUGGUGAAGACUACGCCGAUUUCCUGACCAGCCUGCUGUACAACGAGAUUUCGUCGGCGGGAAGUGUGUCUAAGUUGUAA